GCAGAUCGUACAGCGGCUCACGGCACGCUUUCAGCAAAGCAACAGCAGGCUCUUCUGAAAAAGAAUGCUUGAGUCGUCUAACAGCGACCUCCAACAUGUCAGGAUCCGUUAUCACUUCGUGGCACGUAAUGCCAAUGAGCUCUCCGUGCAGCCGGGUGAGGUGCUGGAGGUCUUGGAAAACAAUAAACAGUGGCGGCUGCUGAGGAACCGCAGCGGUCAGUCGGGCUACGUGCCGUGUAAUGUGCUAGAAGAGGUCAAACCAGGACAGCAGCAGUACAGCCGUGCUGCUCUCUUCAACAACCAGGCUGUGAAUCCUUACAAAGGUACUUCCACUGCCCCUGUAAAUCACACCGAGGUUUUGGAGAUGAAUAAAUCCUCAAGGGAUAAAGAUAACCGCAACCAACAGAAGGAGGUAAAUGAUGAACUACUGAAGAGGAUAACCGACAAUAAGGCCCAGCCCCCAGCUCGAAACUUUCGGGUGGAGGGCUCAAGGACAUCCGUGACCAUCACAUAUGAAUCCCAGCCCUUUGAGGUCCAUGCUUGGCUCAAUGCAAAGGGAUUCUCUAGACCGGUGGUGGAAUGUCUUGGUAUUCUGAACGGGGCUCAACUAUUUUCCCUCAGUAAGGAUGAGCUGAAAGCUGUGUGCGGGGAGGAAGGUUCACGUGUCUUCAGUCAGAUCAGUGUGCAGAAAGCUCAAAUAGAGAGGGGUCAUGGGGAUUCAGAACUACAGGAGAUCAUGAGGCGACGACAACAGGAUGUGGAGGGCUCAAACUGGGAAUGAUUAUAGUCAAUCAGGCCAUCACUCAUGGCAUAAUUUCAACACAUUUUCUUGAACGAUCUUGUUCACCCUUCAAUCACCAGCCACCCAGAGGAAUGCAGAACAGAUGGACUAAACAACAGUCAUUAAUGAAGCCCAGUCCAGCCUAUUUCCUUUAUGACCCAUACAAUGCAGUGCUUAAAUCUAGUGCUUAAACUGAUGAACAUGAAUGCAUUGUGAGUGAAGUCUUUAACCUCCAUUUAUAGAGAGGAAAAUGAUUUUGAUAGAAGGAAUUGACUAUUGAUUGGUGCUAUUAAAGCAACAGUUCAUCCAAAAAAAAAAGAAAAUUCUGGCAUUAUUUAUUCAAUCUCAUGUCGUCAACCCAUUUGCAGCUAUUCUUUUAUGUAGAACCUCCAUGCAGAUUAUUUUUUUUUUCAUGAAAGGGAAACA